AGGCAGCAUGUCUUUUAAUGAAUGCUAAAAGCUGAAAUUGGCAGACUCCCUUACUUUUGCUUUUUAUUUCCAUUCCAACUUUGAAUAAUCCAAACAAAACCUGCCCACAACUGCAUCUCUUUAAACUCACAACCAAUUCACACCAAACCCCACUCAUCAAACUCCCAUACUAGAAAAUCUCAUAUUAAUUCAAUCCAACUCCAUGGCCACCACCACCACCACCACCACCGCCGCAAAACGCCAUAAACUCCUCCACCACCACCAGGAGGAGGAGGAUGAAGAACAACAGCCUCUAAUACCUGGCCUCCCAGAUCACAUAGCUCAAAUCUGUCUCUCUUCCAUCAACAACCCUUCUCUUCUCUUCAGAGUCUGCCACUCCUGGCGCCACCUCAUCUACUCUCCUUCCUUCCCUCCUUUCCUCUCUCUCUACGCCAUUCUCAGCUCCCACUCUUCCCAUUCCGGCGACGGCGGCGACUCAGUUCAGUUCCACAAUUUCGACCCAAUCUCACAAACUUGGCAAACACUCCCUCCUCCGCCGUCAUACUCGCCGCUCCUCCUCCGCCACCCCUCCUUCCUCUCCCGCAACCUCUCCAUCCAAUCCAUCUCCCUCGCCGGAAGCCUCAUCCUCCUCGCCGCCACCACCUACAACCUCUCCCCCGCUCUCUCCCGCCCCUUCAUCUUCAACCCCCUCUCCCGUUGUUGGUCCCUCGGCCCCCCUCUCCCCACCCCCCGCCGCUGGUGCGCCCUCGGCUCCUCCCGCGGCGCCGUCUACGUCGCCAGCGGCUUCGGCUCCAUCUUCUCCGGCGACGUCGCCAGGUCAUUACAGAAAUGGGAACUCGCCGCCGCCUCCGGCGGCGACGAGUGGGAGAAGAAGGCUGAGCUGAAGCAUGGGAGGUUCAGCAGGGAAGCGAUCGACGCGGUGGGGUGGAGGGGGAAGUUCUGCAUGGUGAACGUGAAGGGCGACGCGGCGAAGGAAGGGGCGGUGUACGACGUGGAGGAGGACGCGUGGAAGGAGAUGCCGGAGGGGAUGUUGUCUGGGUGGAGAGGGCCGGUGGCGGCGAUGGCGGAGGAGGAGAUGUACGUCGUCGAUGAGGUGAAGGGUGCGGUGAGAAGGUACUUGCCUGAGGAAGAUUCAUGGGAAGAGGUUUUCGAGUGUGAGAGGCUGAAAGGAGCUGAACAGCUCGUUGCAGAAAAGGGGAAACUCUGUGUCGUUUCUGCCGCCGGGAUCUCCGUGGUGGAUAUCACGGUGGCGCCGCCGAGGGUCUGGGUGGUGGAGUUGCCGGACGGGUUUGAAGCGGUGGCUGUUCAUAUCUUGCCAAGGAUGCCGGUAACUGAUUCCGUCAAAGCUUGAUUUAUUUAUUUUUUUGAUGUAAAAAAAAAAGAAAAUGAAAAGAAUGAAAGUGUUUUUAUUAUUAUUUUAAUUUUUUGUGAUGGUGAGUUUUUGUUGGAAAGAUAUGAUAAAAAGGCAAUUUUGUUGUACUUGGAAGGUGGAAUAAUGGAGUUUUUAAUUAUCUUGUUU